AUGCGGGCCAAGGUGGCCUUUCAGUUGACGGUGUUGCUGGCGGCUUUCGGGUCGGUGCAUCGAACCCGGGCGGAUGUUCCGGUCGAGGAGCCGGACAGCGAGCUGACGAUGCUGACGGUGGUGCCGUGUGUGCGGCGGCUGUGCGAAAAGUACUUUCGCUCGGAGCGCGCGAUGAGGGGUUCGCUGGCCAUCAUCAACAUCAAGCCGGAUGCGUCGGCGUUUCAGCUCAGCAUCCUGAAGUCGUUCAACGAGGACGUGCGCCACGAGAUGAGCGUGAUGGUGAAGGACGCCCACCGGAAGCACUGGAACGCGUCGCACGUGACGGAGAAGGCGAAGAACUAUCUGAUGCUGGUGGGCGACUCGUCGGAACUGGCGGCGCCGAUACGCCAGCUGCGCCGGCUCCCGACCUGGAACCCGCUGGCCCAGGUGCUGGUGAUGUUUACCACCGAGAUGACCCCGCUGGUGUUCGAGAUUGAGGUACGCAACGUGCUGCAGGAGCUGUUCGACAACUCGGUCCUCAACGUGAACGUGAUGGUGCAGCGGUACAAUACGAGCGUCCUAGAGGCGUGGACCUGGUUCCCGUACGAGAACGGGGGCUGCGCGGACAACAUCGCCCAGGUCCGGCUAGUGGAUGAGUGUGAGUACGUGAGCGAGGCGGACGAGGAAGCGCGACGGGACGUGCGGUGGCGCCCGUUGUUCCGCGAGGUGCAUCACUUCUCGGACUACGGGCCGAAGAUACCGAAGUACUACAACUACUGUCCGCUCAAGAUCUCCACCAGCAUCUGGGAGCCGUUCGUGGUGGGCAACGAGAGCCACAUCGAGAAGGGGCUGGAGGUGCUGAUGCUGGACACGAUCACGGCGCGCAUGCAGCUCAUCCCGGUGUACAACGUGCUGGACGCGGCCCGGGCCACCGCGCGCAUCACCGCCGACAACCAGACCGGCCUCUACGCGGACGUCAUCCAGCGGCGCACGGACCUGAUGAUCGGUGGGCUGUACGAGAACCCGAUCAGUCGGAAGCUGCUGUCGGCGACGAUCCCGUACUACCAGGACGACCUGACGUGGUGUGUGCCGACGGCCCGUCAUGCGCCCAAGUGGCUCAACGUGUUCAUCAUCUUCAACAUCUGGACGUGGCUGAUCGCAAUCUUCAUCAUCUUCGCAGCGGCCGCCCUGCUGUAUCGGUUUAACUAUGUUGAGGGUCUGUACCACGAGAACUUCACCUGGAUGUUGCUCCAGUCGCUCGCAUUUUCACUGAGCGUGUACGCGCACUACUGGCCGCGGCGCGUCUCCAUCCGCUUCUUCCUCAUCGGCUACAUGUUCUACGGGCUGCACUGGAACGCGGCUUACCACAGCUUCCUGAUCUCGGUGCUGACGCGGCCCCGCUUCGAGGCACAGAUCGCGACCGUCGAGCAGGCGAUCGGCACCGGGUUCGGAUUCGCCGGGGCCGAGAACACGCUGGCGCACUUCGACAAACCGGACGAUGGUGCUCGGCACAUUGCCGCCGUUUACCGCGUGUGCCCGGACAUGGAUCCUUGCCUGGCGCGGCUCCGCACCGAGCGCCUGCUGGCGGUGGCCGUGUCGCGGGCCCACUCGAGUAACGCCCGCAGCAUCGGCGAGGCGGACAUGUACUGCUUCCCGAAGACGGCCAACAUCUACACGUACUCGGUCGGUAUGCUGGCGAAGAAGGACUUCCACCUGCUGCCGAAGAUCAACGAUCUGAUCCGGCGCAUCAGCGAGUCCGGGCUGCUCGGCAAGUGGCAGAAGGAGAGCGAGAAGAUCCGCGUCGACCGCGGCGACGAGUCCGACGGCCAGACGAUCCUGCGCCUGGACCACAUCGAGGGCGCCUUCCUGCUCGGGGCCGUCGGGCUGGCGCUCUCGCUGCUGGCGUUUCUUGCCGAGCUGCUCCACUUCCAGGCCUGCCAGCGCUACCACCUGGGCUCCACGCUGUUCGACCGGUUAAUCUGCUAG